GCUCCGCCGAGAGGAGCCCUUGGGACCCUCCUCUGUUGCAGCUGCAACGGCAGCCGCGGCCGGGCGCGCUCCCCGCUCAGUGACCGGCCCUUCUCUCGCCUCCCGCCGCCGCCUCGCCGCAGCCGCGCUCCCCCGGGGCACCAUGUCGGGGGACGCCGCCGGCAGCGGCCCCCCGAGCCCGCGCUUCCUGGUGCCGCCGCCGCCGCCGCCCAAGAACGGUUCCAGCUCGGACAGCUCCGUCGGAGACAAGCUGGGAGCCGCCGAGCACGGGGCCUCCGGCGCCGGUGGAGCGGGCGGUGGACCGGGGAACGGAGGCCGCAGCGAGGAGUACCGGCGCCGCCGCCACACCAUGGACAAGGACAGCCGAGGGGCGGCAGCCACUGAGCACCGCUUCUUCCGCCGGAGCGUGAUCUGCGACUCCAACGCCACGGCCUUGGAGCUGCCCAGCUUGCAGCCCGCAGCGCCCUCGGCCCCUGUCUCGGGAGGCAGCGCGGCUCCCUCGGUGUUCCCUCCCUCGGCCGCCGGCCGGACCCCUUACGCCCCUGUCACCGCCGCCGAGGUCGACUCGCGGCCGCCGCCGCCCGCCCCGCUCCCCCUGGAAGGACAGGCUGCUGAGGAGCCCCCAGCCGCCAAGGAUGCCGCCCCGCUGCUGCCCAAGGAGGAGGAGGAGGGGGAUGAGGCAACUGCGCUACCCCCUACCAGUGCCUCUGGCAGCCUGUCAGCUGCCAGCCGGGAAUUUGAGGAGCGGAGAACGCAGCAGGAAGACAUCGAAGAGCUUGAGACCAAGGCAGUGGGCAUCUCCCCGGAUGGCCGCUUCCUGAAGUUUGACAUCGAGAUCGGAAGAGGCUCUUUCAAAACUGUGUAUAAAGGACUGGAUACUGAAACCACCGUGGAAGUUGCCUGGUGCGAGCUACAGGAUCGGAAGCUGUCCAAGUCAGAGCGACAAAGAUUUAAAGAGGAAGCUGGGAUGCUGAAAGGGCUUCAGCAUCCCAAUAUUGUCAGGUUCUAUGAUUCCUGGGAGUCUACAGUCAAAGGAAAAAAGUGUAUUGUUCUUGUGACGGAACUCAUGACGUCUGGAACAUUAAAAACGUAUUUGAAAAGAUUUAAAGUGAUGAAAAUUAAAGUACUACGAAGCUGGUGCCGUCAGAUACUGAAAGGCUUACAAUUUCUACACACACGUACUCCUCCCAUCAUUCAUAGAGACUUAAAAUGUGACAACAUCUUCAUUACUGGCCCCACUGGAUCAGUCAAGAUUGGAGACCUUGGUCUGGCAACCCUGAAACGAGCUUCUUUUGCCAAAAGUGUGAUAGGUACCCCAGAGUUCAUGGCCCCCGAGAUGUAUGAGGAGAAAUAUGAUGAGUCCGUUGAUGUGUAUGCUUUUGGGAUGUGUAUGCUAGAGAUGGCCACGUCUGAAUAUCCUUAUUCCGAGUGCCAAAAUGCUGCGCAGAUCUACCGUCGAGUGACCAGUGGUGUCAAGCCAGCCAGCUUUGAUAAAGUAGCAAUCCCUGAAGUGAAGGAGAUUAUUGAGGGAUGCAUUCGGCAAAACAAAGGUGAAAGAUAUGCUAUUAAGGACCUUUUGAAUCAUGCUUUCUUCCAAGAAGAGACUGGAGUACGGGUAGAACUUGCAGAGGAAGAUGAUGGAGAAAAAAUUGCCAUUAAACUCUGGCUCAGAAUUGAAGACAUCAAAAAACUCAAGGGCAAAUACAAAGAUAAUGAGGCAAUAGAGUUUUCAUUUGAUUUGGAAAGAGAUGUCCCAGAGGAUGUGGCACAGGAAAUGGUGGAGUCUGGCUAUGUCUGCGAAGGGGAUCACAAGACAAUGGCGAAGGCUAUCAAGGACAGGGUAUCUUUGAUUAAGCGCAAGCGAGAGCAGCGCCAGUCGGUGCAAGAAGAGCAGGAGAACAUACUUCAGGAAGAAGGUAGUCAGAAGCAGCAGCUGGAGCAGCAGCAGCCAUCAAGUACUUCCCAUGCAGGGUCAAAACAUCCCCAGUCUGUCACUGGUACUACUCCUGUCCCUACUGCUUCAGCGUCGGUUUCUACACAAGUGGAGCCUGAAGAGCCAGAAGCUGAUCAACACCAACAGCUGCAGUUCCAGCAACCCAGUAUAUCUGUUCUUUCUGAUGGAACAGUUGACAGUGGCCAGGGGUCAUCUGUGUACACUGAAUCUGUGAGCAGUCAGCAGGCUGUGUCCUAUGGUUCCCAGCAUGACCAGUCAGUCUCAAACACUGGAGUCCAGGGAUACCCAGCUUCAGUUGGCCAAGUGCAGUCCCAGCAGCAUGGAGGUUAUCAGCCACCUGCAGCGACACAGGUGCAAGGCCAGCCAGCCUCAAGCAGUGCUGCAGUGCCAUCCCAGCCUGCUCAACACACUCAGCAGAGUGCACAGCAGCCAGCCUCUUCCCAACAGCCUGGACAAUACCAGCUGCAGCAGCCCUCAGUUUCUGCCAGCACCACUCCUGCACAAACUGUCUCUCAAACUCAAACUUCACAGAUCAUGCCAAUGCCUCAGGCAGCAGCUGGGACACAGCUUCCUGUUUCCCAACCAGUGUCGAUCAUCCAAGGCGAGCCUCAAUUACCUGUUGCAGCAUCUUCUCUCCCUCAGCCUUCAGUUGCCCCAUCAGUCCCCAUUGGCUCUCAUUUUCUACCCAUGGGACAGGCCUUGCCAACUUCCGUGGUUCCCCAGUUCCCAGUGUCUCAGUUGCCUGUAGCAGCUCCUCACGUGACAGUGGCUCAGCCAGGUUUCCAGUCGCUGCCCAUUUCAAUGGCAGCUGGCAUGAAUCAGCCGCUGCUCACGCUGGCCACGUCUGCCGCGGCAGCUGCUGUUCCUGUAGGACCAAGCGUUGUCCCUAGCCAGCUUCCCACACUGAUGCAGCCUUUGGCUCAGCUGCCCAGCCAGGUUCUCCCGCAGCUCCUGCAGCCGCCUGUCCAGGCCGUGGGAUUGCCAGUCAGCAUUGGACAAGCUGCUGAAGCUUCACUUCCUGCUGGAGAUGCUCUUUACCAGGGCUUCCCGUCCCGGCUGACACCGCAAUACCCAGGGGACUCGAGCGUCGCUCCUUCCUCGGCUGUGGCCUCUGCCAGUAUUCCUUCUGCUGUGCUGUCCCCUCCCUUGCCCACAGAUGCAAUGGCCCAGUCAGGGUACCUUGCUCCUGUUGUGCAGCCCUAUGGGGAACAGAAUGUUUUAGUUUCCAUGGGCAGCCUGGGAGGACAGGCUCAGGUGCCCCAGCCUCCUGUGAGUUUAGCACAACAGGCCUCAUCUGCCUCCUCACAGCAGGCAGUUGUGGAGCAGAAUGUCAUGCCAAUGUGGGGACCUUGUUGCCACUGGUUGUUCUGUUGGGAAGGUACUCAGGGUGUCUCACAGACUGCUUCAGAGACACUUCCAGCAACACAGCCUGCUCAGUCUACCCCUUUGGCUUCUUCUAUGGAUAGUGCACAUUCUGAUGUUGCUUCAGGAUUGAGUGAUGGCAACGAGAAUGUUCCAGCUUCGAGCGGAAGGCACGAGGGGAGGACAACGAAGCGUCACAUGCGGAGGUCUGUCCGCAGCCGCUCUCGCCAUGAGAAGACUUCUAGGCCAAAACUGAGAAUUCUAAAUGUUUCCAACAAAGGUGAUCGGGUAGUGGAAUGCCAGCUGGAGACACACAAUCGGAAAAUGGUUACUUUCAAAUUUGAUUUGGAUGGUGAUAACCCUGAGGAAAUAGCUACAAUUAUGGUGCAGAAUGAGUUUAUUUUAGCAACAGAGCGAGACUCAUUUGUAGAACAGGUACGAGAGAUUAUUGAGAAAGCAGAUGAAAUGCUCAGUGAGGAUGCAAGCGUGGAGCCAGAAGGGGAUCAGGGGCUGGAGAGCAUGCGGACAAAAGAUGACGGCUUCUUCCCGGGGUCACAGAAAUUAGAGUUCAAACAGCCAGAUCCUACAUCUUCCAUGCCACAAAGAAUAGGGGUUCCCUCUAGCUCCUUUACCCAGGUUGUUCAUUCUGCUGGAAGACGGUUCAUUGUCAGCCCCGUCCCCGAGAACCGAUUGAAAGAACAGGGCUUUUUCACAUCUGCUGUUGCUGGAGGAAACGAAACUUCAGAUAUGGUUGCAGCAUCUCCUGUACAUGGUCCUGGAAUGAAUCUCUCCCACUCAGCAUCUUCACUGAGCUUGCAGCAAGCUUUCUCUGAGAUGGGGCAUGCUCAGAUGACAGAAGGACCUAGCACAGCUCCUCCAGUGUUCAAUCAAACAAUGCCACCGUUUCCACCUGCGCUUUCUACCAUGGCGGGCAGUGGUGCAGCUCCUGCAUCUGUGGCUACUUCUUCAGUAUCUGUUUCCUCCAGCACUGGUGUCUCUCUUCCAGGAUCUGUUACUUUGCCUUCAGAAAAUGCAGCUGUUGGGGCUGCACCAAGCACAAGUGUGCCAAGCUCUAUUUCUCCACCUCCAGCCUCACAACCUGGACAGCAGUCGACCGGUGUCACUUCCAGCGUGAGCGCCCCUGCUUCUUUCUCCUUAUCUGCCACGUCCCAGCCUGCUCAACCAGUGACUGCAGACAUUGCUGCCAGUAUCAGCACACCAUCAUCUUCAGCACUGCCAUCUGCCCAGGUUCCUGGUGUCACUGCUCUCGGUGCUGCCGCACCAGCUGUGACAUCUCAGUCUUCUCCUCAGACUGUGAGUAGUAUGGCAGCAGCACAGACGUCUGUUGCCCUGUCUCUGGCUCAGAACGUGGCUUUGCAGCUUCCCCAGCUCAGCAGCAGUGGCUCUGUGUCCAGUCUGGCAGAAACAACAGUCGUAAGCGCUCCACAGUCGCUGCCUGAGAGUGGGCACACUCUGGAUAAAUCGCAUUCCUGCAAUGCAGCUGGCUUAUCUCUGCCAAUCUGUGCACCUUUAUCAUCCUCAAUAGCAUCAAGCAUAUGUGGUUCAGUCUCUCAGCCAGUGAUCCAUCCCUUACUUGUUCCAUCGGGAAUUACAUCAACGCCUGUCCUACCCCAGAUUUCGGGUGCAACACCCAUGUUGCCCCAGGUUCCCUUACCUGGUGUCUUGCCACAGCCAGUCACUAACUUGCCUGCAGUACAGCAGACUUUGAUCCACAGCCAGCCUCAACCAGCUCCGUUGCCCAACCAGCCUCAUGUUCACUGUCUGGAGGCUGAUGCCGAUGCUCAGUCUAAAGCCCCUGGUAUUGAUGAUAUAAAGACCCUGGAAGAAAAGCUGCGAUCUCUCUUCAGCGAGCACAGUAACGUGGGAACGGUGCACCCAUCAGUGUCUCUGGAGACCUCUCUGGUAAUGGAAACCACAGUUGUUCCUGGCAUCCCAACCACUGCUGUUGCACCAAGCAAACCUCUGACAUCCAUUAGCACUUGUAUACCUCCAAGCAGUUUGCCUCUUGGACCAACUGGCUUGCCAGUGCUGACUCCAGUUGCCACUCCUGGGCAAGUGAUCACCCCGGUCAGCUACAUCUCGGCCUCGAGCAGCGCGGCCACAGCAGCAGUGAAAGCAGGGACCUCUCCUUCCAAGCCCCCUCUCAGCAGGGUACCGGUGCUACCAAUAGGUUCUGACCUUCCGGCUGGCACUCCAUCCAGUGAGCAGCUGCCUCCUUUUCCAGGACCUUCACUAACUCAGUCCCAACAGCCACUGGAAGAUCUGGAUGCUCAGCUGAGGAGAACCCUUAGCCCAGAGACCGUCCCAGUGACAUCUGCUCCUGCCUGUUCUGUGCCCUCAGUAGCAUCAACAGUGGUUACUGGGCCGGUGUCCACAGCAACACAGUGUCUGAAGGAUGUUUUGGCAGCAGGUGAUGGAGAGAGCGGAGCUGUGGCUGCUGCAGCAGGAGCCAGCGUGCUGAAGAUGGGACGGUUUCAGGUAUCGGUGGCAGUGGAUGAUGUGCUAAAAGAGGGUGACAAACCUGACACGAAGCCAGUGCAAUUUGAAACCACCUCCACUGAUUCUUCAAGCCUUUCUGGCAGUAGCCCAGAGAGCACGCUGGUAAAGCAGGCUGAGAGCCGGAAGAGCGGGGCCGUGGCUGCUGCUUCCUUGGAUGUGGUGGAUGGCAUUCCUGAGGCAGCUCCUGGGCUGCCACUGCCGGCAGAUGCUGCUCAGGCCACCAAGGUUGGGCGCUUCCAGGUGACGACGGCGACGGAUCAAGUGGGACGCUUCUCCGUGUCGAAGGCUCGGGAUGAGGUCAGCUGUGCUGAGAAAGAGCCAAUGACUCUUCCUCUCUCUGUGGGCUUGGAACAAGUUGCUUCUUCAGCUGCAGCUCCGAAGAAAGAGUUGGAGUCGAGGCAGUCCCCACACAUGAAUGGUCCAUCCUCUGAUCCGGAGGUCGCUUUUCUCAGUGGAAUGGCUAAGGAUUUGGAUGAUGGCUCAGGGAGCCCAGACUCUGUCCAGCACCUGGGAUCGAAGAUCAGCCUCCCUGUUCAGAGCCUUAGCAACUCCUUCAACUCUUCCUACAUGAGCAGUGACAAUGAGUCGGAUAUUGAAGAUGAAGACUUGAAGUUGGAACUCCGUCGGUUGCGGGAGAAGCACCUUAAAGAGAUCCAGGAGCUGCAGAGCCGCCAGAAGCAGGAGAUUGAGUCACUCUAUGUGAAACUUGGAAAGGCUCCACCUGCAGUAAUUAUUCCCCCAGCUGCACCCCUUUCAGGAAGGAGGAGAAGACCUACGAAAGGAAAAGGCAGCAAGUCCAGUCGUAGCAGCUCCCAGGGACACAAAAGCCCUCAGCUAUCAGGCAACCUGUCAGCUCAAAGUGCACCAUCAGUCUUGCCCCCUCAGCAGACCCUUCAUCCUCCUGGCAGUGUGCCAGAGACUGGGCAGAACCAUUUGUUACAGCCCCUCAAACCUUCACCUUCCAGUGAGAAUCUCUACUCUGCCUUCACCAGUGAUGGUGCCCUGUCGGUACCGAGCCUUUCGGCGCCAGGCCAAGGCUGUGCGAAGUUUAACUGUGCAUCUGAGAGAGUGACCUUCAAGCCUGGUGGCAGGAGGACCCGAUUUCUGAGUACGCCCUGCUUGGCUCUUUGGAAGAUGGUGAAAAAAGUCUGUCCUUGCAACCAGCUCUGUAGGACCAGCAGCACCAACACAGUGGGGGCUGCAGUGAACAGCCAGGCUCCCCAGAGCCAGCCCACGGCCAUCGCCUCGAGCCGCAAGGGCACCUUCACAGACGACCUGCACAAGCUGGUGGAUAACUGGGCUCGGGACGCCAUGAACCUGUCUGGCAAGAAAGUUGGCAAAGGGCACAGCAACUACGAGGGCCCUGGAAUGGCAAGAAAAUUCUCGGCACCAGGUCAGCUCUGUAUCUCUAUGACAUCUUCCCUGGGUGCUACACCCAUCCCUGCAGCAUCAGCUACCUCUUUAGGUCCCUUCAGCAAGGCCAUGUGCCCCCCGCAGCAGUACGGUUACCCAGCAGCGUCCUUCCCCCCGCCCUGGAGCGGGGCAGGGGGGCCGGCACCGCCACAGCUCGGCCAGUUCCAGCCCGUGGGGGCCACCUCUUUGCAAAGCUUCAACAUCAGCAAUUUGCAAAAGUCUGUCAGCAACCCUCCAGGCUCCAACCUGCGGACCACUUAGCCGUGCCCAGAGACCCUGCUGGCUACACCUCGGGACAGGACACGGGGAGGGAGAUGGGGCCCUGUAUCACUACUAGUGCUGCAAUGAACUGGUAGCUUGCCAGACUGGGAAUGAAUUUCUCUUUUGCGACCGUUGCUGUCAACUCUCUGUAGCGGGAGUUUCCCCACACACUUGGAAGGGGGAGGAGGAUGAUCAGCAUCCUUGUGAUGGGACAGUGCUUUUCACCGAGGGGGGCUGCUCUCGUGUGGAACGAGAGCUGUGAGCAGAAGCCAGGGGGGUCAGUUCAUACAGUCUUGCUGUUAAAUAUUUCUGGUUGGAGGCUGAAUCCACACGUGUGGAGGUGGGAGAGCUGAACCCUAGCAUGAGGCUUUAGCAUGCUUCUCGCCUCUUCCUGAAGAACCAAGAUCCAGAAAAAGCUGUCCAAAUUCCCCUCCUCUCCCUCUCCCCAGUCAAUAGCAUCUGGCUCGGAAAUGAUGGGGCACACGAAUGGACUUGUGGUGCAGCCCGUGCUUGAUAGGUCAUUACUGCUUUAAGUAAGAUAUUAACAGCUUUGACUGCAGCAUUAGAGCAAUUUAAAUUGUUAAAAAAAUUUUUUAAAGUUCCCUGCGGACAUGUACUUACCAUCAGUUUUGAUGUGGAAACACUGUGAUUAUAUAAAUGUUGUUGGACAACAGUAGUUUAAAAAUGAGUGGAAUAUAGAGGGUUAAAAAAGUUAAAAAGAAAAAACGGGAAAAAAAGCUAGCUAUAUCCUUAUACUUAUUGGAGACACUUUAACUUUUUCCUUUGUAUUUUCAUUGUAUUAGAUAAAUAAAUGUGAAUGUAAAAUUGUA